GGAAUCGAAUCGGAACGAUUUAGGUUCUUUCGUGAUCAAAAUGGAGCUCCUCGAACGAGAAGAAUACCAAAGAGUAACCUGCAGGCAACAAUGUCCGAAGAAAAGUUCUUUCGUGAUCAAAAUGGAGCUCCUCGAACGAGAAGAAUACCAAAGAGUAACCUGCAGGCAACAAUGUCCGAAGAAAAUCCCGAAUCCUUUAUUAUGCAAGCUUUGAAUCCAGACUUACCGGCUGACUUGCCUUUGAAAACCAAGGGAAUAAUUACGCUGCCUACUGUGAAAGAAGUUGUGAAGCAUGUAUUCAAGGCCCCAAAUGCAGUUGGUCUUCGAGUGGAAGCAGCAAGUAUUUCGAAGCCAUUUCAAAUUCGAUUUGAUCCGAGUAUUACGCAAGAUGAUAUCAUGGCCACUGAACUGAAUGACAAAAGCCGGAUCUCCAUGCUUUCGCUUGCCUUUAUGUACGAUACAGGUCCAGCAGGUGCCGAAAGAAUAACUUGGGGUUACGCUGCCGGCGAUGAAUUCCUCUCAACUACGUGUGACGAAUUUAUGAAGCUCCAAAAAAAGGCAGGUAAAUCAAUUGCACCAUUUUGCGGCUGGGAGCAAUACAACCUGCCAUCUUGCCUGCCUGACCAUAGUGGCUUCGGUCUGUGCGACAUAAGGGGAUCCACCGAAAGUAAUUUUGAACCACCGGAGUUGAAUGUACAACUCAAGUUGCGCACUUAUUCUGGUCCAGAACAUCCCGAUAAACGCUGUCCAAUCAUCAAGCGUUCGCCAGAUAUACGACUGGCAAACAGGUUGAGUGACCAAUGCAAGCUACACACAAAGCAACAUCCACAAGAAAAUUAUGCACUUGAAUACUUUGGCAGUUCCUCUAUUUGUGUGGACCACAAUCGGCAGGCCCCGUUAAUUUUCUCUAAAGGGGUGGAGUCUAUAUCACUGGACCUGUACGGUGCAUCUUGCCACUACCAUGUCUGCGAGCCAAUGUUCGGGCUUCGUAUCCAUUUUGGAAACAAAUUUGUUUACUGCCCACUUGAAGGAGGACCUAUCAUGGUAGAGGUAAACCACGGGAAAAUUGGAAAUCUAAGGGGGUCUAUCAACUGUCCUCCGUGCCCCAAGGUAUGCUCG